GAAGAUUUCUUUCAAAUAUUCAUCAGAAAACAUUUCCAAAGUAAAGCUGACGACCCAGCUAUCAAAGUGACCUAUCCUUAGCAAUAUUCAGAAAAUGAGCAAUUAGACAGCAGGCAGCAGCUGGCAUCAAGAUAAUCAGGAAGAAAAAAGUUUUAAUCUUCUGAUACUUUGUAUAAAAUAAAUAAGCUUCAGAUAUAAGAAAUAAUCUCCAGGCUCUGAAAAAUGUCUCUUCCUGCAAAGCCAAAUCCUACCAAUGCCUUGGCUUAUUUAUUAUUUAUGGUUUUUGAGAAACAAACCAUCUUAUGUCCAAAAUCCUGACUUGUCUUAAUAAAGAAGCUCUAUUCCUGACAUGACUUCACUGAUUAUAUAGUCAGUUAACUGGGUUUACGUACUUCAGAUGGUCUUAUUAGUAUUAUUCUAACCAUAAGAUUUAAACUAUUAAUGGUGAAUAGUGUUUCUCACUUUAACAUAGGCUUAUCCCACUGAUGGGAUAAAUGCCAACUCCAGAGAAAAGUUAGUCAUGUGGUUUUCAGAAGAUGAAAGCUUAGAUAAAGGCUGAGAGGGUUUAAUGCUGGAGGUGGGAGUGGUAUUAUAUAGAUCUUAGCCAAAACAUGUGAUAGUCACUGACUCGGUAGCUGGAAAGGGGAGUGUGGCUCCAUUAGCCAGCUCAGGCAGGCCGUGUGAGGACCGGAGGAAGAAUGCUCCUGGCUGCCCUGUCCUGCCUGCUGUGGAGUUUCCGGAGCUCCGCCGGCCACUUCCCUCGAGCCUGUGCCUCCUCCAAGAGCCUGAUGGAGAAGGAGUGCUGCCCGCCCUGGGCGGGCGACGGGAGCCCCUGCGGCCGACUCUCGGGCAGGGGCUCCUGCCAGGACGUCGUUCUGUCCACGGCGCCACUCGGACCUCAGUUUCCCUUCACGGGGGUGGACGACCGCGAGUCUUGGCCCUCCAUCUUUUAUAACAGAACCUGCCAGUGCUUUGGCAACUUCAUGGGAUUCAAUUGCGGAAGUUGUAAAUUUGGAUUUCGGGGACCCGACUGCACAGAACGGCGACUUUUGGUGAGAAGAAACAUCUUUGAUUUGAGUGUACCGGAGAAGAACAAAUUUCUUGCCUAUCUCACUUUGGCAAAACAUACCACCAGCCCAGACUACGUCAUCCCCACGGGCACCUCUGCCCAAAUGAAUCAUGGAGCAACACCUCUGUUUAAUGACGUCAGUGUUUAUGACCUCUUUGUCUGGAUGCAUUAUUAUGUGUCAAGGGACACGCUGCUUGGGGACUCUGAAGUCUGGAGAGACAUUGACUUUGCUCAUGAAGCCCCGGGUUUUCUGCCUUGGCAUAGACUCUUUCUGCUGCUGUGGGAACAGGAAAUCCAGAAGCUGACCGGAGAUGAGAACUUCACCAUUCCAUACUGGGACUGGAGAGAUGCAGAAAACUGUGACGUUUGCACAGAUGAGUACAUGGGAGGGCGAAACCCUGCAAACCCUAAUCUACUCAGCCCAGCAUCCUUCUUCUCCUCUUGGCAGAUCGUCUGCAGCAGACUGGAGGAGUACAACAGUCGCCAGGCUUUAUGCAACGGGACGUCUGAGGGACCAUUACUGCGCAAUCCUGGAAACCACGACAAAGCCAGGACCCCGAGGCUCCCCUCCUCGGCUGAUGUGGAGUUUUGCUUGAGUUUGACCCAGUAUGAAUCAGGUUCCAUGGAUAAAGCUGCCAACUUCAGCUUUAGAAAUACACUGGAAGGAUUUGCUAAUCCGCUUACUGGGAUAGCAGAUGCCUCUCAAAGCAGUAUGCACAAUGCCUUGCACAUCUACAUGAACGGAACGAUGUCCCAGGUACCAGGAUCUGCCAAUGAUCCCAUCUUCCUUCUUCAUCAUGCGUUUGUUGACAGUAUUUUUGAACAGUGGCUUCGAAAGUAUCGUCCUCUUCAAGAUGUUUAUCCAGAAGCUAAUGCACCCAUUGGACACAACCGAGAAUCCUACAUGGUCCCUUUCAUCCCGCUCUACAGAAACGGUGACUUCUUCAUUUCAUCCAAGGAUCUGGGCUACGACUACAGCUACCUACAAGAGUCAGAACCAGACAUUUUUCAAGAUUACAUUAAGCCCUACUUAGAACAAGCACGUCGAAUCUGGCCAUGGCUCAUUGGGGCAGCUGUGGUUGGGUCUGUCCUUACUGCUGUACUGGGAGGACUUACUAGCCUGUUAUGUCGUCGAAAGAGAAACCAGCUUCCUGAAGAAAAGCAGCCCCUGCUCAUGGAAAAAGAAGAUUACCACAAUUUGUUGUAUCAGAGCCAUUUAUGAAAGGCUUAGGCAAUAGAAUUAGGGCAAAAAACCUGAUCUUGCUAUAACUUAAAUGAUGUUAAAGUCCCCAGGGGAUGUCCCAGUGGAAAUCCUUGGCAUGUGUCUACAGAGACCCUUAUCAGAACUGUUAUCAGUACAUAAUGUUCCCCUCCUCCUACUCAGGCAGAAGCCACCUGUGCUUGCUUUGCUGGAUUUUGAUCAUUCCCUGAAGAGUUUUCCUCAAGCUCCUAUUUCCAGGGAAAGGAUGUCCUUUGGUAAUAAGUAACUGCUAGAUGUAUCUGAAUGAAAGUGCUCUUGUAAAAUAUGGGGACAUGUGUGAUUCUUUUCCUCUUGAUUGUGGAAUGACUUGUUCCUUUUAUUAUCCCCUUUCUUUGAUUUUAAUAAAAUAGCAACAAAUUUACA